AUGGCAGCUGGGUCCGGCCGGGGGGCCGGCCAGAGGGGGGACUACUACAGCCUGGACGCUGUGCUGGCGGAGGAGACGCUGAUCCCCUGCGUCUUCAAGUGCGGCAGCCGCGGCGUCGGCCGCGCGAUCGACCCGUCGUGUGGCGCGGAGGACGUGAAAUCGCGCGCAGCUGUGGAGCUGCCGUUGUGGAUGCUGCAGCCGCUCACCUCCCGCGACAUGCUCACCGUCAAGGCACCGCGGUGGUAUGGGGAGAAGAUGCGGCGCAAGAUCCAGGCGGGGGCAGGUGUGGAGAACCUGCGGCUGCGCUGCCCUUAUUUCUAUGACGUGGCCCUUGCGUUGCAUGCCACCGACGGCGCUCCCUCCGUCGCCGACCUCGUCAUGUCAACCUUCCGCUCCCGCUACCAGGAGAUACUGACAAGGGCGCACUCGAAUGAGUCGGCCAAGGAGAUGGCGCGGAUAGAGGCACUGCUGAGUGUAGAGGAGGCCGCGCUCUUCAAUUCCGGCCGCGCGUCCCUCGACGCGCUCAACCGAUGGCGCUUUGGCGGCCGCGCCGUGCCGACCCGGCCGUCCGCCAAACGGCGGCUGGACGGCGCCCCGGUCAAUGGCGCCCGGUAG